AUGUCAGUUGUUUCAAGUGAAGUUUCUCCAUUCAAUCCCAUAACAGACAGCGAUGUGCGGAAUAUCGCAGCAAAACUGGGCUUCCAUGUCGAGGACGCCGAGGUAGAGCCACUACGAUUACUUCUCACCGCUGCCCAUGAUACCUUUAAGGAGCUCUCGAAACUAGAAGACUACAAUCCACCUCUUGAUCGACAGCGAUUUUCCUCGUCGAAACAUCCAACCUGGCUCACCGACGGAACAUCUUGGCUCCCCAUGAACAUUGUUGUAAAGGACAAUAUUUGUGUGGCCGAUAUACGCCAACAAAAUGGGACCGAUGCACUUCCCUCCUGGGUACCUGAAUCAGAUGCAACAGUGGUAACAAGGAUUCUCGAGUGCGGCGGUAGAAUCGUUGGCACUGCGACGUGUGAGGCGUUAAGUUGUGCGACAGCCAAGGGCUACUCCGCUGGAGGCUCUUCAUCUGGCGUUGCGGGUCUUGUUGGACGUCGCAAAUUCAUUGAGGACAAGGGCGAACGUAUUGAUGUCGACAUGGGCAUGGGCGCAGAUCAAGGCGGCUCAAUCAGAGUCCCUGCUGCGUUCUGUGGCCUGGUCGGUCUGAAAGCCACCCACGGACUGAUUCCCUACACAGGAGUCAUUAGCUGUGAACCUGUUCUCGAUCACGUUGGGCCGAUAUGUAAGACUGUGUGGGACACGGCUCUUCUCCUUGAGGCAAUCGCAGGACGAGAUGGGCUUGAUGACCGUCAAUCGGGGGCCCAUGACGUAGGGGAGGUCCCUUAUUCUACCAACCUCGACACCUGGUACAACGAGGCUACAAAACUGCACGGGUCAAAACAGCUGUCCGGUCUCAAAGUGGCCAUUCUCACCGAAACCAUCGAUGCCCCAUUCGUUACCGCAGCGAUGGAGGAUGAAGUGAGAGCCGUGGCAGGCCAGCUAGAGCAGCUGGGUGCCUCCGUCGAGCAGAUUUCCAUGCCUAGUCAUGCGACAGCCAGGUCGCUGUGGAUGGGACAGACUCUCAUCCCCUGGACGCAGAGUAAGUGGGACAAGCUACCAGCAGGGAUGCGCAAUGAGUUUAUCAACGGGGCAUACGAGGCGGAUAAGUACCCUUCGCUCUACCAAAAAUGCAUGAACUUGACUAUUAAGGUUACCAACGAAUACGAGGACAUCUUUCGGACAUUCAAUGUGCUUCUAAUGCCCAGCGUGCCCUUCACUGCCCCGCCGUUAUUCGACAGAGACACAGCCUCCUCAAUGAAGAAGAUCUCAUCAACAUUUGGCCAGACGCUGAACACGAUGCAGUUCAACUUGACCAGUCACCCUGCGAUGGUAAUCCCGACGGGCCGCGCACCAGACAUGAGUGGGAAAUACCCAGAGACCUUGCUCCCCUUGUCGGUGCAGUUUGUGGGGCCGCUUCACGGCGAGCAAGAGUUGCUCAAGUUUAGGUAUACCUAUGAAAAGGGGUUUGAUUAG